AUGCUCAAGACGGGUCCGAAGUUGAUGGGUCGAACGGUCCGGAUCGGGGACACGGCCUUCAUACGCCGUGUGAUUUCUCAGGAGGACGUCGCGGCGUUUGGUCCCCUCAUUGGGGACAACAACCCUAUCCACGUCGACGAAGGUGCGGCAAAAGCCGCCGGAUUUCCCUCGACUAUAGUGUACGGUAUGCUGGCUGGCUCUCUCUUUUCGGGGCUCCUCGGCUCCGAGUUGCCCGGGCCCCAGUCUGUUUAUUUGAGCCAGACACUUCGAUUUGUGGCACCUGUCUUCGUCGGGGACGAGGUGGAGGCGCGGGUGACGCUGACGCAGUUCAAGAAGGGCAAGUGCUUGCUUGCCUUCCGCACGACGGUGAGCCGCAUUGACCGCGAAACAGGGGAGGAGACGCUCUGCGUCACGGGCACUGCAGUGGGGCUGAACAAGACGGUCACCUUUGAAGGGGAUAGUGAGUGGACGGUGCGGCUCGCGGAGUGA